CCUGGUUCCCAAGUGGGUGGGUGAUUUCAACUGUGGCCUUAUCCUGUCUCAAAGUGAACUGACUCCUAAAAUGUCUUUCUUUUUAGUAGACGGCUGGACCGCUGCCUGGAGAGGAAGCCUUGAGCGGCUGGGGGAGGGGAUUACUUUACAGCCAGGAUCCAUCCAAGGCUGGGGAUGGGAUGGGAGCAGGAUCUGCUAAGACCCUAAGUGACCCUUAGUGACCCUAAGGAGGAUUCCUUAAGGCCACUCCUCCUCCUGGGGACCAGAUUCCAGGCUUCUCAGGACUGGAGAAGGGGGAACGCGUCAUCCCUUCCCAAAGCGCCAGCUUGUUUAGAUACAGGUGCCUGGGGCUUUGGCCCUUGUCGCUGACGAGGGGUAGGUGGAACGGGGAACACUCCUUUCUUUCCGAUACUGGUGACUGUGAGUGCGUCUCGAGGGAUGGGGGUGCUGAGCCUACCGCUUCGCUCGUUAGGGAACAAAUUGCUGUUUUGGCCCCGGCGGCUCCUCUGGGCGCGGGCGGCAGCCGCGCUCUCUGGCAAAUCGUGGGAGGGAGGAGGAGCGGUGCUGGCAGGCAAGUCCGGGGGACCGUCGCAGCGCGGGAGGCCAAGAAGCGACGGCCGCCCCGGGCCCGGCUCCGCCCCGCCGGGAAGGGGCUCCCUGCAGCCGCCCCCGGGCAGCUCCCCGCACGGCGCCGCGAGGAGCUCUCCAGGACUGAGCUGGGUGAGGCGCGGGGCUCGGCCUUCCUCGCUCCCCAGGUGCCAGGACCCGCAUGCACAAGGGCUACCCACCCUCUGGUUUCCCGGCAGCUCCUGCUUGCGGGGGCACCUCAUAAGAGCAGCUGGAUCCAUUUUCCAGAGAGUCAAGUUGAGGAUGAGAAAGUCUCGAGGGCCGGACAGCUGUGCGCGCAGAACCCCCGCCCCAUCUGCUUUUAGAUUUCCCGGGUGUGGCUGGAGCCCCUCUAGAGCGCCGGCCUCCGCUGGCCGCCGGGCCUUCACCUGCGCCUGUCGCCCUGUCCCCUUGCCCACUGCAUUUUCCUCGGGAAGAGCAUCUUCCACAGCAUGCGCCCUCCACCCCACACGCCCCGAGCCCUUCUCCCAUUCCGCCGGCGGAGAAGCGGCUGCUAGGAGGCUCUCGGAGAGCCCCCGGACUGCAGAGAAAGACGCCUCCCCUCUGCGGCUGAGGCCGAGUCAGCGGGAGGGGGCCGGCCGUUCGCCAGUGGUUCUCCGAGGGACUGGCGGGGAGGCCCGCGGGACGGAGGGAGCUGCCGAGAGCCGGCGCCGAGCGAAGCCCGAGCGGAAGCCCACCCGCAGCCGACACGCGAGCCGCUGCUGCGGAGGGAGGUGCUGAGAGCGCCGCGGCUGCGGGGCCUGGAGC